AUGGCGAAGGCAAACGCUCAGGAGUCUUACCAGAGAGUUCAGGAGGCUAAAGCAAGGUCUCGCGCCAGGACUGGUGGCACCCGGGCGGUUAUCUCUCCUCCUCCUCCUCUUCGAAAUGUUGGGACUCCUUCCCAGCCCAUUGUGAUUUCUUCUUCUGCUUCCUCUCAGCCGCCCCCCUCUGCCCGACCUUCUCCUGAGCCAGAGAAUAAGAAGCACAAGACCUUAGAGUCUGAUCCUGAUAAAGUUGUUAUUGACGGUGCCAUUGUGGAUCCCCAUGUCCCCGUAAUUAUUUCUGAGUCAGAAUUGAAGACUCGGGGGCAGAGGAUCAUAGAGUCCCCUCCUCGCCCUAAAGACGCUCCGAGUUCUUCUAAUGUUCCUCCAACUUCCUCUCCUAUGGAUGCCUCUCUUCCUGGUCCUGGUGGUGCUCCUUCUGACUCUGGUGGUGGUGAUCCGUCUCUUCUUCCUUUGAAAAAAUAA